UCGUGUGAUAUAAAUCGUUUUAACAAAAAAAAAAAAGAAAUAUUAAAAACAACAGAGGGCGGCGGCGUCUGUGUCUGCACAACAAAUCCAAAGUCCAAAUUGUGCGAACGGUGUGUGAGUGGUGUGUGUGUGUGUGUAUGUGAGUGUGAGAGUGUGUGGACAUGUCCUUGAAGGCUCUGAGAACCCAAUGGCGCCGCCAUCCCAGGCUCGCCCGUCUCCUAAUGGCCAGUGGCGUUAGCCUGGUCACCGCCACCGGUUUCUGGCUUUGGGAUACCGGCAAGAUGCGUCGCUUUCUGGAACGUCUCAGCGAUGGGGAUAGGAAAUCGGAGGACGAAUCAUCCCGGCGACAGGCGGAAUACAUCUACAUCAAGUAUCACAUCUAUCGGGAGUCCAUGCGUCAGCUGCAGCAGAAGCAGGAGGAUGACAAGAAGUGGAUCAGUGUCAUCGUAAAUCCCAUUGGCAAAUGGUGGAAAACGGCCAAGCAUUCGGUGGCCUGGCGACUCCUUAAUAUUGCCCAAAUGGGUAAUCAAUCGGAGCGCCUAAAGGCUGUCCAGCAGCUGAUUUGCAUGGAUCAUCUCAAGGAUUGGGAUUUCCGGCAUUUGGCACAGAUCUGUGAUGCUCGCACGGCUGUUUCUUUGGCCCGUUCUGGGGCCGAUACUCGUUGGUUUAUGCCUGUCCAUCGUCGUGGCUGCAUCAAGAAUCCCAAGCUGCUCCUGUCCGAGCUGCACACAAUGCUCUCCCAGCUGCGACCUCUGUCCUGUGUGGAUCACUUUUUUGCCAAGUAUUUUCCAGACCAGCAACAGCAGCAGCAGCAGCACGAGGAGACGCCACAGGACCAAACCAUUGUCCUGUCCACUGCAGAUAUGGAUUUGCUCAGGGAAAUCAUCUCCUUUCUACAUCACAUUAGCAAAGAUCAUGAUGUCUCGGCAAACAUAAUCAAGGAGGGCGGCCUAGUACAUCUCAUGGAGCUUAAGAAGAUCUUCAAUGAGGAUAAUGAGACCCUGUCCACGCUGUGCAAAGUCCUGGCCAAUAUGUCUGUGGUGCCCACAGCUGUGGAGCAUUUCUUUGCCACCGGUUGGAUUGGUGUCCUGGCCGAGUGGCAGCAAUGUCCCGAUCUCCGACUGCAGGUGAUCUCGGCCAAGGUAAUGGCCAAUCUAGAUCGUGAUGAUCCCAAUCAGUGUAUAUAUCCACCGAAUGUCUAUCCCCUGCAUCCACGCAUCCGGACUGGACGCAAACCAAAGGCGGACAUAAUCUUUGUCCAUGGUUUAAUGGGCGGGGUUUUUGUCACCUGGCGGCAGCGUCAUCGAAAGCCCACGGAGUUGAAUAUUUAUGGAAAGAAUGCUUUCUACACAAGUCAAUCCAAGGAUUUGUAUGUGACUGCCGAGCAGUGGCGACAGCAGGCUACCGAUGAGAGUAUCACCAAUUCUAUUGAAUCUAAUGAAACACCCUCCGGGAAUUUAGAUUCCCCAACAGAGGAGCAGGUUCCCACAACUGUGGUCAGGGCAAGCACCCCAAAGCAUCCAAAGAUUGGCCGGGAUGGCACCAUGGAGUUUGUGAAGAAACUACGAGGAUCUGAGCUGGAUGCCGAUUGGGAAGUGGUUCAUCCCGAUAUACCGCUGAAUGCCAGCGAACAUUGUGCCGGCACUUUUAGUGUUUCGGGUAAUGAGUGGCUCAAUCAGGACACUAGCGACGAGUAUACCAAUUGCUGGCCCAUGGAAUGGCUGCCGGAUGAUUAUCCCGAUGCCAGGAUCAUUGGCAUUGAUUACACUUCAGCUCUGACCGAAUGGUCAGCCAACUUCACCAAGUAUUGUCCCUGCGAGCGAGGACAGGGAAAGUUUGAGGUGAGAGCCAGCACCUUGUUGGAGAGGAUUGUGGCCUCUGAUGUGGGCAAUGAUCGUCCUAUCGUUUGGAUAGGUCAUUCCAUGGGUGGUUUGCUUACUAAGCUCAUUUUAAUCAAAUCCACCGAUUCAGAGGAUCCCAAAGUGCAACAGUUGGCCAAAAAUACCCGAGGCAUUGUCUUUCUGGGCACACCACAUCGUGGCUCACCCAUUGCCAAGUGGAAGCAGCAUAUGCAAAUGAUCCUGUCACCUUCCAUUGAGGUCAAGGAGAUGGAAGAGAAUGCUCCCAAACUCCUGGAGAUGCACAGACGCUUCAUGGAUUGCCUGCACAAGUUCCUGCAUCGCGUCAAGGUGGUCAGCGUGGCUGAGGGAUCACCCACAAUGCUCACUAGCUUCAAGUUUCCCCUACGCAUUGUCACAGAGGAGUCAUCAAAGAUUGAUUUCGGAGACUAUUAUUUACUAAACGAUGAUCAUUUGGGCUUAUCCAAGCCCAUAUAUCGUCAGUCUUUUCUCUAUCAGCGUCUGUUGCAUGUCAUUGAAGAGGCAGUCAAGGAGAGAGAUCGAGAUGGAGAAGAAGAUGAUGAAGGGGAACGAGAUCGAGAUGGAGAAGAAGAUGAUGAAGGGGAACGAGAUCAAUUGGACAAGGACAAGGACCCAGACUUGGUUUCGGAAGCGGAAACGGAAACGGAGACCACUCACCAUUCGGUGGAGCAGCUUGUGAGCCUGGUUACCAAUCAUCUUCUGUCUCGACUUGUCAUGAGAUUUAAUCCUUAACUUCUAGGAAAUUGAAUUCCCUGAUUAAAGCAAGCUUAAAUCCAACCUGAACUUUAAUCUUUGAUGUAAUAUUUGGACUCUACACUAAGCAUACAAAUUCUAACACAGA